AUGGAGAAAGGACAAGGGAGGUCUUGCUUGGCGCAAAGGCUGCUGCUGGCUGGCUGCGUGCUUAGCUUGUGUGACAACACUACAAAGCGAGUGGCUCUUCUAGGCACGCAGCUAUGUGACAACACUACAGAGAAAGCGGCGCUUUCGUUUAAUAUGCUAUGGUCUCAACGCCCUUACGAGAUAGUGAUGAGUUUCACGUGCUCUAAUCCCGGCCCGUGCGCGGUUAGGAAGAUUGGCCGCAAUCUGAGCGGUACCACCCACCCUACCCUACCACCUAUACGCGGUCGUCCGUUCUACAGCCGCCCGAAAAGGAACUGCAGUGAUCUUGAAUAG